AAGAAUACUAAUCAAGCGAAUAAAUCCAAAAAGAGGUUUAACAUCUCCAAAUUUUAAAUAAAAUAAUAUAAUGUUAAUACAAAUAAAACAUUAGUUUCUUUUGGGAUCUUGAAGAGUUCACACAACAUUUGCAAAAAAUUAAUAUAGAAAAUGGAACGUUGGCAAAACAAAAUCGCUGUGGUUACCGGUGCCAGUUCAGGUAUAGGUGCUGCCACCUGUAAAGCUUUAGUAGAAAAAGGCAUGAUUGUGAUAGGUCUUGCUAGACGUGUCGAUAAAAUGGAAACCCAAGUAAGACCCACUAUUAUAGCUGCCAAACAAGCGAAUUUCCAUACACACAAAUGUGAUGUAAGUGAUGAGUCUAAUGUUAAAGAGGCUUUUGGCUGGAUCGAACAAAACUUUGGCGGGCUUGAUGUCCUAAUAAAUAAUGCUGGAAUUUAUAGGCAAACCACUUUGUUGACCGAAAAUAAUACAGAGGAUAUAACAAAAACCCUUAAUACAAAUGUUUUGGGUGUGGUAUGGUGUACCCGGGAGGCAUUUAAGAAUAUGAAAAAACGACAAGUUGAUGGCCAUGUGGUGAUUUUAAAUAGUUUGACGGGUCAUUAUGUACCGCAUAUAGCGGAUUUAAAACUAAAUAUUUAUCCACCUAGUAAACAUGCUAUCACAGCCAUGACAGAGGUAUUAAGGCAGGAACUAUUGGCGAAUAAUACAAAAAUUAAAGUAACGAGCAUUAGCCCGGGUGCCGUGAAGACAGAUAUUGUUGAAUUCCCCGAUGAAUUGCCCGUUUUAAAAAGUGAAGAUAUUGCCGAUGCUAUAGUUUAUUGUAUACAAACACCUCCUCAUGUUCAAAUUCAUGAGAUGAUUAUUAAACCAAUUGGUGAAGAUUUUUGAUAAUUAUAAUUCCAAUUUAAUUAAGUUUAAUUCUUGCAAAAUCUUGGACUCGAAAUUAAAAAAAAUAUAUUUUCUUAAGACUU